AUGAAGGAACUUCAAGUUAAGAAUGAUGCCAAUGGCAAGGUCGUCGGCCAAAUUGUCGAGGUUCCAAAGCCAACUCCUGGCCCCAAUGAUGUUCUUAUCAAAGUUGCCGUUACCGGCACAAAUCCUAAGGAUUGGAAGUACAUCAACGCUGAAAAGGCUUUCAAUUCUGGUGACGAUAUUGCCGGCACAGUCGAUGCUGUCGGGGAAAAUGUAGCUUCCUUUCGACCGGGCGAUCGUGUCGCUGCCUUCCACGUCAUGCUAACUGAAAACGGAUCUUUCGCCGAGUAUGCAAUUGCCCCACAAACCACUACUUUCCACAUCCCAUCUUCGCUUUCUUUUGAGGAUGCUGCUACAAUCCCACUUGUAGCUUACACUGCGGCUAUCUCAUUGUACCAAGAACUCGCUCUUCCAGCUCCAUGGUCUAGACCGAGUGGCGAGUCUAUCCCACUUGUGGUUUAUGGUGGUAGUACCUCCGUUGGCCUUACCACCCUCAAGUUCGCCCGUCUCAGUGGCUUCUCUCCCCUGAUCACUAUCGCUGGAGGUAGCAAGGAUAUCAUCGAGAAGGAUAAUCUUGCCGAUGUUAUUAUCGACUACAGAAACAAUCCAAACAUCGCCGAAGAUAUCAAGAAGGCUCUUAACGGCAAGGAAUUGCACCAUGCCUUUGAUGCAUUCUCCGAGCAUCCUUCCGCAGAACCACUCGCUGCUAACCUUUCACCGAAUGGCAAGCUUGUCGGUAUCCUCCCGUAUAAGGAAGCACUUUCGAAUGGUCACAAGUUGAAGUUUGCAUAUGUUGGCAGCGGUCACAAGGUUUACCCAAAACUCAACACUGAAGAAGAAUAUAAGGCAGAUCAGGAUUUCGUUCAGAUCUUCUCUAGUUAUUUGGAGAAGCUUUUGAGGGAAGGCAGGUUUAAGACUCAUCCAGUUGAAGUGUUGGCCGGUGGAUUGAACGGUAUUCCUGAAGGGUUGAAUAGAUUGAAGGAACAAAAGGUCAAAGCUAGCAAAUUAGUAGCUAGAAUCUCGGAGACUCAGGAUUUGUAA